AUGCAAAUGCAGACUGGCACAGAACUCGAUCUGCUCACCAACAUGCUAGGCACGAGCAGUGCAGUCGCCGCUGCACUCCUAGAGGGCGGCAGAAGGUACGGGGCGAACUUCCUCUCUUUUGUGAAUGAGACAGGUUCGCCCUACCACUCAGUUCUCGCAGUUCAACAGAGGCUGAUCGCCUGCGGCUUUUCCCAGCUGGACGAAAGAGAUAAAUGGGAUCUUCGCCUGGGCGGAAAGUACUUUGUAACUCGCAAUCAUUCUUGCAUCGCUGCUUUCGUUAUUGGUGAAAAGUUCAAAGCUACCAGCGGCGGCUUCACGGUCGUCGCAGCUCACACAGAUUCUCCCUGUCUCCGUCUUCGGCCUAACAGCAAUGUCAAGAAGGAAGGUGUUCAACAGGUCGGGGUCGAGUGCUAUGGAGGCGGGCUGUGGCACACGUGGUUUGAUCGAGGCCUGGGCGUCGCUGGGAAGGUCGUGGUGAAGGCGCAAGACGGGUCGUUGGCAGAGAAACUCAUUCGCGUCGAUCGUCCCAUUCUCGUUUUGCCGAAUCUCGCCAUUCACCUCCAGUCUGCGGAAGAGAUUUCCGCCUUCAAAAUUAAUAAGGAAACCCACCUUCAGCCCGUCCUGUGCACCGAGGUGUACACGCAGCUGCUGGCGGCGAACGAUAGCACUGCAAGGGAAGAGAAACGGACAGAGGAGGCAGACAAGGAAACAGAGGGAAACAGCUCGUGCUCUCAUCUGAGAAAGCGGCAGGGCGAGCGUGCGGCUGCUCCUCUUCUCUCUCUUAUCGCCCAGGAACUGAGAGUCGAGAACGAGGAUAUCGUUGAGUGGGACUUGUGCCUCAUGGACGCCACGCCUGGCAGGUUUUGCGGUGUGCAUGAAGAGUUCGUUGAGUCGCCUCGCUUGGACAACUUGGGGUCGACGUGGGCCGCUUUUUCUGCGUUGAUGGAGUGCCCGAGUCCCCAUCCUGAAGAAAUUUCGAUGGCAGUUGGUUUUGACCACGAAGAAAUCGGCAGCGAAAGCUACACAGGCGCCGGGUCGAACGUGCUGAUGGUCUGGAUGGAGCGCGUGGCCCAGGCUCUUUCUGCGGCGGAAUUCUAUCCUCAAAUUCUUUCCCGUUCCUUCCUCGUCAGCUCCGAUAUGGCACACGGGGUCCAUCCGAAUUAUGCGGAGCGCCACCAGGGACAGAACAAGCCCCAAAUGCAACAAGGUGUCGUCAUCAAAGAAAAUGCGAAUCAAAGAUACGCGACGAACGCGACGUCGAUGGCGCUCACACGUGCAGUUGCGGAGAAGGGCCAGGUGCCUAUGCAAAUGUUCACCGUCAAGAACGACUCGCGAUGUGGCAGCACUGUAGGACCGAUUCUCAGCGCGCGGCUAGGUGUGAGGACAAUCGACAUUGGGAUUCCCCAGUGGGCGAUGCACUCGUGCAGAGAAACGUGUGGCAUUCUAGACCUCUACGCGCUUCAGUUACUUCUUAAGGAAUUCUUCGCCUCUUUUCGCUCGAUUGACAAUAGCUACAAGGGCAUGUAAUCAUCCCCGAGCUUUUUGCCAGCUUUUCCGGUUUUUCUCAUUCAUAAUCUUCAUGUCUUUCUUUGUAUUGCCAGAGACCGUCUUGUGUCUGUGUUUCUCAUGAGUCGUAGGCGCUGGGAGAGCGAACAACCGUUCUAUAUCAGUAUUUCCCCUUGUGACAGGUCACCGGAGAGCUUUGCAGCGUACACCUUUCUCAUUUGUGGGUGGAAAUAAGACGAGUGUUUUGUUUUCCCACCGGAUUCAGGCGAGAGAUCUGUACGACCUUUGUCGACUUGUAUCGCGUCUUUUUACUGUACACACCAGGGCGUUUUUGACGAAGCCACCCCUGCCUGCUGCGAACGGGCAUUCUAUUGUGUCUACUGCUAGCAUCGAUGGUCCUCGUAUUCUGUCGUUCUUUGUCGGAGUAGCAGGACGCGGUAGCCGUUGCAGCAGUUUUUCCUUUUGAGGCUUUGCUAUAACCAGAUGAGGAAGACUCCUCGUACCUUGCUCGUCGUUGCUGCAACGUUCCUUCUGCCUGUACGACAGCACGCAGGCUGUUGUGUUCUCGCGUGUGUUCUCGGAAGAAACAGAAAACAGGGCGGUUACACGCGACUGAGUCGCUGAAAAGCCGCGCACCAAAUGGCAUUGCCGCCCCACCCACGCAGGGGUUUUUGUCGCGGACCAUUGGCCACUUCUAACCUCGACAAAAAUCGACGUUCUAAACUACUAGAAAACGUGGCCAUUCAACCGAAAACGAAACCAAAACAGUAGCAA